GUCCCAGUCUGCGUCGCCACAAGUUGAGUGUAGUAGUGGAACAACUCGCUGCUGGUCGUCCGGGAACCGUGUGCAACUGAGGAAAGAAGAGAAAGACAGUCAUUGAAAACCAAGUAUCCAGGAUGUCUUCAUGCACACCAAUCAUCAAAUGGAGUACAGCCAGAGGGGAGUUCUACUGGUGUUCCACAUGUGACACGGCAUACAGGGAUAGGGAAGGCAUUGUAGAACACACCAUGACCCACUCUAAAUGGACAGAAUCCCACACAUGCUUUGAGUGUCUCAGGAGUUUCUCUAACAGCAAGGACUUACAGGCACACAUUCCUAGGUGUAAUAUCACUGUUACUUCACCUGUGCUUGAUCUCAAUGGUUCUGGGUCUCAAGGGUUCUACUAAAUUUAGUAGUUGUAAGAAUUGGCAGCUGAUAUAUUUUCUUACAUUUCCUGAUGCUUUUUGUAUGAAUAGAUUUUUUCUUACAUUGCCUGAUGCUUUUUGUAUGAAUAGAUUUUAUUUUUUGAAGUACAGAAAUAAAUA